AUGGAUGCUGAAUCAAAUUUCUCCAAAGUCGCACCUCCAGUCUUUGAUGGAGAAAACUACGAUUUAUGGGCUGUCAAGAUGGAGGCUUACCUAGAGGCUUUGGAUCUUUGGGAAGCUAUAGAAGAGGAUUAUGAAGUUGUUCCGCUGCCUGCCACUCCUACCAUGGCCCAGAUCAAGAGUCACAAGGAGAAAAAAAACCCGGAAAGCAAAGGCAAAAUCAUGCCAUUUUGCUGGUGUUUCAUCAACCAUCUUCACAAGGAUCAUGAGUCUCAAAUCAGCAAAAGCAAUUUGAGAUUAUUCGAAGGAGGAAGGAUGAACGAGUCUGAGACCAUCAAGGAAUACUCAGAAAAAUUGUUGGAUAUUGCUAACAAAGUAAGGCUGCUUGGAAUUGCGUUUGUUGAUUCAAGAAUUGUUGAAAAAAUUCUGGUAACAGUUCCUGAGAGGUAUGAAGCAUUUAUUGCCUCACAUGAGAAUACGAAGGAUCUUUCUAAAAUCACUUUGGCAGAAGUGAUGCAUGCAUUGCAAGCCCAAGAACAACGAAGGCUGAUGAGAGAAGAUCGUGUUGUCGAAGGUGCUUUUGCAGCUAAGCAUCAUGACAAUGGAUCCAAAAGAAAUGAUUCUUUUAAGAAGAACCAACCAACCAGUUGUGAGAAUUUUCCAAACAACCAAAACAAUGACAGAGGUAGAAAAAAUUAUCCACCUUGUCAUCAUUGCGGAAAUAUGGGUCACCCACCGUUCAGAUGUUGGAGAAGGCCAGAUGCAAAAUGCAGCAAGUGCAACGAGAUGGGGCAUGAAGCUGUAAUUUGUAGAGACAAAAUCCAGGAAAGUGCAGAUGAAGCAAAAAAUUCGCAAGAGGAGGAAGAAGAUGUGCUCUUUGUUGCUACUUGCUUCUCUAGCAAUAAUUCUUGUGAAUCUUGGUUUAUUGACAGUGGUUGUACUAAUCACAUGGACAAUGACAAAGAGUUGUUCAAGAGUUUGGACAACACCAAAGUCAAAUGGGUCAGAAUCGGGAAUGGCGAAUAA